GGUCAUUUCUGUUCUAGCGCGAGCAUCGUGUAGUUGAAGAGAACGACCGAGAAUGUUGAUUCAUGCGUGCCGCAUGCGUUCAUUUCUAUCGUAGGUGCGUCUCAGGACGUGUAUCGGAAAAUAACAAAGGGAUCGACUUGAUUGAAUCAAGUUACAGCUGCUGCUAGCAGAGGUUGACGUUAAUUUUCAAGUUCAAGAUUAACGGAACUGUGAAUAGCGCUUUUGAGUUAUGCUGGAUAUCGUGCGGCGUCAAUGUGACAACACCAGCUAUUUACAUGCCGAUGUAAUUGUUGGGCAGAUUAAAAAUGUGGAAUUAUCCUCUCAGUUUUAAUUAGACGAUAUAUACAAUUCAAAGUAUAGAUACAUUACGGCUAAAUACUAACGUAUUGAAACAGGGUAUCAAAAUGGCACCGGUACCUUUGGAGGGUCAUCAAACUCCUGUUACAAACAAUAUACCGCAGGAAGGCAAUCGCGGAGGAUCCAUCUCCUUAGGCAUCCUCAUAGAUUUUAUCAUACAACGAACAUAUCAUGAGCUCACUGUUCUUGCUGAACUAUUACCCCGUAAAACCGAUAUGGAGCGCAAAAUUGAAAUUUAUAAUUUUUCUGCUCGAACAAGACAGUUAUAUGUCCGUUUAUUGGCAUUGGUAAAAUGGGCAAAUAGUGCAUCUAAAGUGGAUAAAUCUGCGCAUAUUAUGGCGUUCUUGGAUAAGCAGUCGUUGCUUUUUGUGGACACUGCAGAUAUAUUGGCAAGAAUGGCUCGUGAAACUUUAGUGCAUGCCAGGUUACCAAAUUUUCAUAUUCCUGCAGCCGUAGAGGUACUCACCACUGGUACAUAUGGUAGAUUACCAGCCUGCAUUCGGGAAAAAAUAGUGCCGCCGGAUCCAAUUACUCUUGCGGAAAAGAGGAGCACGUUGCAAAGGCUGAAUCAAGUCAUUCAACACAGGCUGGUCACUGGGAAUUUGUUACCGCAGAUGCGUAAUUUAAAGAUCGAGACGGGGAGAGUAACAUUCCUUGUCGAGCAAGAAUUCUCAGUGUCUCUUACAGUUAUGGGCGAUGGGCCGGCAGUCCCGUGGAGACUGCUGGAAUUGGAGAUUCUGGUUUCGGACAGGGAAACCGGUGACGGAAAGGCAUUGGUGCAUCCGUUACAAACUCGAUACGUGCAUCAGGUCAUUCAGUCACGAUUAGCCGAAAGCACUAAUCCAUUAUCAGAAGUGUAUCAUAUAUUACAUUACUUCUGUCAGUCGUUACAAUUAGAAGUUUUAUAUUCUCAAACGUUAAGGUUAAUUCGGGAUAGAUUGGACGAUCACAUUCAUGUGGACGAUUAUACGGCUGGCAAGUGUCUCUCCAUAUCUUAUUGGAGGGAAUUAACGAGUAAGGAUCCACGAUCGGAACUUGGAUACAGAUUAACCGUUCAAGUGGACCAACAUGAUCCCGCAAGGCCUCUCGCGGUUGUACAUAUCCCGUCGCUGGGCAGUAAGGAAAGUGAAAUAGCACACAGAGCCAUCAGGUCGGACCAGUUGUCGAUGGAAUGUUUACUCGUUCAUACAAUUUACAUCCGGACACGAAGCCGUUUAUCCGAACUGAAGCAAGAGUUGCAGACGAUGCUGAAAGACGUUGAAUGUACCUUGGCGGGAUCUCCCGCGAUUUUGUCAGUGCCAAUAUUGCAACCGUGCUUGCGCGCCGAGCUCCUGUUGGUCACAGUCGACACUCAUACCGGUAUGCUUCAGUGUCACGUUCCUCAAUACGACGCGCCUCUCGUACCGGAGCUGACUGCGGCUUUGAACGGGGAUCACUCGCGUCUACCGUCACUUAUAUCGGAAUUGAGAUUUUGGAUAACGCAGAGGCGUUGCGAGAAGACGUUGCAGCAUCUACCGGCCACUUCCCACGAACGUUUGCCCAUCUUGCAUCAUCCGGACCAUCCUAUGUCCAAGAUUAGUAGGCAUCGGAUGUUCGUGCAAUUGCACAGACAUCCUACGGUUAUACUGAUCGUCGCGUUUAAAGAGAAAGAAAGCUCGCCCUGUGAGAUAGAGUGCACCUUCUAUCUCGCUGUGGUGAAGCAUAGCACCGUCGAAGAUGACCCACACGAUGACAAUAUAGAAACGGAGAUACCGAAAAUGUAUUUAAAGGUCCAGAGCCUCAUUGAGUUCGACACUUUCGUCAUUACUCAUGGCCCGUUUACGAGCGUCGACAGUGAAGUGGUGGAGACGACGACGACUACGACGACGACGACGACGAGCAACAAACGUAGAAGCACCGGGAUCGGGGGCAGGACAGACGCGGCAGGGACAUCGCAGAACAGACGGCCAAAGCAUCCGGCUUACUUCAUCCCGGAAUUGGCGCAUGUCGUUGCUCUGUGUGACGAGCGAAUACCGUUCGUCACUUUGGCGCAAGAGCUGAGUAAACGAGAGAUAGCUCAUCAAGGGCUGCAGAUCGAGGCGAACGCCACUGCGUUGGUGCUGAAGCUCGUUCAGUUGCCCGCGCCGUCGCCAAGUAUCGCUACGAGUGGCGCUUGGUAUGCCCUUCUGAAGAGGCUUCUCAGUGUUUCGAUUCGAGUGCAGGGCAAAGGCAUGGCGAAAACUUGGACGGCGGAAUUCGUAUUUUACGGCAGUCCCCUUUCCAGCAGUCAUUCCAAGGAACAAGGUUUGCGAAGACCGAUCUAUUUCCAGUACGAGAUGGGAGCAGCCGAUACCGUUUCUCGUACUGUCGAUGCCUUAUUAAACGAUUGGGCGCAAAUAGUGCAUCUGUAUACGAUCGUUCAUGAUUUAGCUGAAUACUUUAAGAUGGAGAAGUACAAUUUACGCAACAUGGUUAGUAUUAAGUCUUACAAUUAUAGCAAACUCGUUCUUGCGUACGGCCCGAACCAGGGUGCAACUGUGACCGUGCAAUGGAGUAUAAGCGACAAAGCCUUUAAGCUUAUAUUCGGGAAGAGUCCGACAAAUACAGUGCCUAACGCGCAUUCUCUGAUGAAAGAGCAGCUGGAGGCUCACUUGAACAGACACAUGAAUUUAGCGCAGCUCAUUCAUAUACUUCACGAAACACUCCAACCGCUUACGUCGAUCAGUAAAUUGCCGACGAUUCCUCAAUUAUGCGUGCAUAAUUCCAGACCGCAAGUACCAGUACAAACCUUCACUAUAAUGCCGCAAAGUGUCACUUUGGUAAGAAUAGCGUAUCAAGGGAUGUAUUGUUUGGAGCUACGUUUGCGCGGCGGAGGUUUAGUAAGCAUACGCGAUGGGGCUUACAGCCGCUUCGACCGCAGUAACGUCGUCGACGAAUUUACACCUACGCAGGGUCUAAAGGCGUUUUUAUCCAAGUAUGUCGACGAAAGCGCAGUAUUCAGGAGGAGGUCUCAAUCGGAGGACGACAAUCCACCGUCGCCGGUCACCAUGGACAGCGACGGCGGAGGAGGUAACGUGGGUUUUCUGGGCCACCACAGAGGCGGACCACAGUCACCCGCGCAACAACGCGAAGGCUUAAGGUUUCACCCGCCUCUCACACCACCCUCCGGUAGCAACCCCCACACACCAGCCAGUCCUCAUACUGCAAAUAUAUCCCAGGCCAGUCAACAUCAAAGUUUCGGAAGUAGUCCUGCAACUUCGUUCAACUUAGCGUCACCGCCGUCAUUACCGCCGAAUACACCUAACAUGUUACCGCACCCGUCUCCUGGAUCGGGUCUCGUUGCUAACAGUCCAUUGAAUCCGAUGCACGUCCCCAGUCCUGCUGGUCUCAUGCCAACGUCGUCGCCAGGACCUUGCAGUAACGUCCAAGUGGGACAUUCGCCUGCUGGCUCUUUCAUGCAAACAGGUCACAUCGACGGCAGCCCUUUCCCGUCUUCCCAGAGCAUGGCUUCUCCAGCUGCUUCCAAUUGGCCCGGAUCCCCGAGCGUGCCGAGACCUUCUCCCGCGAGACCCGGACAGAGCCCGAGCCAUGCGGCGCUGCACAGCCCGCAAGCUGCCGAUCACAAGACCGGCAGCCACAUAUCCAGGGUGCUGCCGCCGCGGUCUUGGGCGGGCGCUGUGCCAACGCUGAUCACGCACGAGGCGCUCGAUGUACUCUGUUGCGCCUCGUCUCAUCCCUCUGGCUUGCCGGUGCCGGACAUGUGUCCGCUCGAGAGAUUUUUGGGCUGCAUCUACAUGCGACGGCAACUGCAACGGUUCAUCCAGACGGACGAAUGCCUGAUCGGUAUCAACAGCACCGAACCUGGCGUGGUACACUUCAAAGUCGAAAGCCUACAAUGCAGAGUCGGGCUGAAUCCGCAACAUCUGCAGUCUCUCCACAUAAAGGUUCAGCCGCUAUCGGAACACAAGGACCAAUGGACCCUGGAGGAGUUGCAGAUAAUAGAAAAAUUCUUCGACACGCGAGCGGCCGCUCCGCCAUUCAAGCCCAACACGCUGUCCGGUUUCGGGAAGAUGCUCAAUGUACCGUUCAACGUGCUGAAGGACUUCGUGCAGAUAAUGAAACUGGAGCUGAUUCCCGGCCUGCUGCAGCAGCAGCAGCUGAAAUGGUCCGUGCAGUGGUGCCUGCGCAUCCCGCCGUCCGCCGCGCCAAUCGUACCCACCGGCAUGGCGGGCGUGAUCGUUUGUAGAAACAAAAUCUUAUUCUUCUUGCAAAUCACGAGAAUAGGCAUACCGUACCAAGGGGAAACCCCGUCGCUGGUAUUGCCGCUUGUGUACGACGUCUCGUCGAACGUGACGCAACUGGCGGAGAAACGAGAUCCCAGUCCGGCCUCCGCGACCGCGGCGGCGUCUAUACAGUUGAAGAGAUUCUCCGAUUACGGCGUCAACCAAUCGGAAUGCUCGCUGUUCCCGGCCGUAAGGGAUCUCCUGGCCAACUUGACGUUACCGUCGGAGCCGCCGGUCAUAUCGCAGGUUGUAGCGUCUCCCGCGGCAGGUCAAGUAACUCCCACUCAACAACAGAUUCAGAACACAGCGAUGCAGUUGCACUCGCCAAUGGCGGGCGGCCAGGGGCCGCCGCAAGGACCGUACGGCAUCCAAGGCAUGCCGCCGAUGGGUAUGAUGAGCGGGCCGCCUCAAUAGGACUUGCUUUACUCUCCUAAUCCCCUUUGCAUGUCGAGUCACCCGACGUGGAUGAACUAGGAAUGUAAACUUCGACGAGGCUCUUAAUGUGGGUGCUCGCCACGCUCUCAUCUGCGCCUUCGUUCUAACACGAGAAGAUUUACAUUUUAUGGGGUACCUUAGGAGAGAGAGAGAGAGAGAGAGAGAGAGAGAGAGAGAGAGAGAGAGAGAGAGAGAGAGAAGGGGAGAGGAAAAAGGAGAGAGCUGUAUUAUGCAUCGUUUGAUCCGAGGCAGAGGGAGAAAAACGAGUUGUUGAUUGAGAGAAAAUCAUCGCUGUUCCGCUGUAGAUAAACUCGCGGUCGGAUUAGCCGGGAGGAGUAUACGUUUCGUAUCACUUAAUCACAUGUUCAUGUCCGGAUCCAUGAUAGGUGUAGUAAAGACCUAGCAGAGUGGCUGACGUGAUUUUGAUGACAAUGUUCUAUUCGCUAAAUAUUCGACUAAAUUAUCAUUUUUUUCUUACUUUUCUCUUUCAGCAGUUUUUGUUAUCGAUCACAAACGGCCCUUUAGUUCAAAAUUCCAGGCACGAGACGGUCGUAAUGCGUUAGUGAAAACGAAGACUUGAGUUAUAAACCGUAGUCUUGAAAUAAUAAUAAUUCAACUAUUCUGUUAAAAGGUCUUAAUCUUCCAGUCUUUUGCUCUAAGCAAUAAAAUGCGCAAUUUCUGAACAAGAGGCGUUUCCCACGCUGCUGAAAGUAGCAUCAACGCUUAAAUCUUAAGAAUUGCAGCGUCCAGUAGCGCUGGGUACGUUUUUUGCUAGAAAUUACGUUACAAUUUAGGGCUUACGGCAAAAUGCUAAGGGCUCAUUACAACAUCCAUAGUGGAUCCAGCCUAACAAGUCUCGUGCAAGACCGUUUGGUACGCUGAAAUCCAUCGGCCACUGAGACAACUGUAUAUAAAUAUAAAUUGUACAAUAUUAUGAUUAAUCAGUCAAUGGAUAAUAUAUAUUGUUAUAACACUGUAUCGCUGACUCGACAAUGAUACUAUUCGUGUAUGUACGUUGUGCUCACAACUAUGUAACUGUAACAGAGUUACUGUGUAACACAAUGUCCUCCGCUCCGAAAAUCAUUCGUAUACAAGUACAGUACAAAUCCAUCGAUAAGAGUUAUCUUUUUGCAAUGUACCAACGGUUUAAUAUUAAUGUGAAUACGAGACGAAAAGGUGAUUUAUGAUAUAAUAGUUGCGAGCAAGAGACAUUAACUAGGGCCCGUUUCACGUUGCAAACGUGCUUUCGAGCGCUUACAAAGAAAGAAUAUGUGAUUGAUCUAUACGAUACUUCGAAGCUUUUGCAGCGUGAAAUGAGUCCAAGCUAUUAAUUGUGAACAAGUGCGAGUGUAAAGAUGAUGUUUUCUAUCGUAUGAAAAUAAAUGUAAAAAUAAAACUUCA